UCUGGGGCGGAAGUGGGGAGAGCAGCAGUUUAAAGGAUUCACUCAGCCGCCUCAACCGCCAACCAGGAGGCGAAGGGAGGAACAGAAUGAACAAUGUUUGGAUCCCAAUGACAGGAGAUGAAAGUUGCAAAAGCUCUGCCCAGGCUUCUACCAAGGAUUAACUUUCCAGGGCAUCUGCUGAACAGCUCUUCGGGGCUGUCUGCUGAGAUUGGCGGUGGGAGCCUCCGGCCUCUCACUCGUGCCUUUGUUCCCCACGCCGGCCCAACCCUGCGCUCCUGCGCUGGCGGCCACAGCACCUGACCCACGCGCCGCCCGCCGGGGAUGCUGGAGCCGCCGCGGCUGCCGCUGCUGCCGCUGCUACCGCUGCCGGGCCUGCUCCGCCAUGCACAUGCGCAGUGGCGACACCAAGCCGGCGCCCUCAGUCUCCUCCUCCACCGCCUCCCGGUUCCGCAGUCACUUCCUGCAGCUGUUUCCCUGUGGGUCGGGUUGGACUGACUUUUGACAGUCAGCCUUCGGCUACGGAGGGGGCUCGGCGGUGGCCGGCGGAGAAAGUUGCUUCGAGGAGAGGCUGGGUCGAGCUGGGCCGAGCCGGGCGCGCAGGGCGGGCGUCGCGGGCGUCCCGGGCGGACGCGGCGCCGAGACUGCCGGCGCGUCCCGGGGGUUCCGAUUUGAAGACCUUGCUUCUCAUCACCCACUGGAUUAUGCCCAAGGCUUUCCUACCCAAUGAUCCUCUUGCAACACGCCGUGCUUCCUCCACCUAAGCAGCCCUCACCCUCGCCUCCUAUGUCAGUGGCCACCAGGUCUACAGGAACCUUGCAGCUUCCACCACAGAAGCCUUUUGGGCAGGAGGCUUCCUUGCCUCUUGCAGGGGAAGAAGAGUUAUCAAAGGAAGGGGAGCAAGACUGUGCCCUGGAGGAGCUAUGUAAGCCCCUGUACUGCAAACUCUGCAAUGUCACCUUGAACUCUGCACAGCAAGCCCAGGCUCAUUAUCAGGGUAAAAAUCAUGGUAAGAAACUCCGAAAUUACUAUGCAGCAAAUAGCUGUCCUCCUCCUGCUAGAAUGAGCAAUAUGGUCGAGCCUGCUGCUACUCCAGUUGUUCCAGUCCCUCCGCAGAUGGGCUCCUUUAAGCCAGGAGGCCGAGUGAUCCUGGCCACAGAGAAUGAUUACUGUAAGCUCUGUGAUGCCUCCUUCAGUUCCCCGGCUGUGGCUCAGGCUCACUAUCAAGGGAAGAAUCAUGCCAAGAGGCUGCGGCUGGCGGAAGCUCAGAGUAACUCAUUCUUGGAAUCCUCAGAGCUGGGUCAACGGCGGGCCAGGAAAGAAGGGAAUGAGUUUAAGAUGAUGCCUAACAGGAGAAAUAUGUAUACAGUACAGAAUAAUUCAGCAGGUCCUUACUUCAAUCCCCGCUCUCGGCAGAGAAUUCCACGUGAUCUGGCCAUGUGUGUUACUCCAAGUGGCCAGUUUUACUGUUCAAUGUGUAAUGUUGGGGCUGGCGAAGAGAUGGAAUUCCGGCAGCAUUUAGAGAGCAAGCAACAUAAGAGCAAGGUGUCGGAACAGCGGUACAGGAAUGAGAUGGAAAAUCUGGGAUAUGUAUAGUGAUUAUCACAUUAAGAUAGAGCAGCUCGUCCUGCCUGUUGUUUGCCUUUUGUCAACUUGCCCUGCUUUGUGGUCCUUUUGAUAUGAGUACAUUCCUCUGCUUAAUGUUAAUACAUGUAACCCACGGUGGUACCAUGAGAUGUCAAAACCUGGGGGUCCGGGGGCGGGGUGGGGGGAGGCGGGUGUGGAGAACGUGCUUCUCUUAGGUCAUAACGCUUUUGCAGGGUCAGUUGUGUUGAGCUGCUCAUAGCAUGUGACCUACCUACCCCAUCAGAAAUAACUUGGCCAAGUUCUGAUCAACUGGUAGCCUGACUGCUUAGAAUUUGACUAUUUAAAAGUUUCAUUUUCUUUUGCAAUUUUAGUUUUGUGUACUGUUAAAGAAUUGUAUUGAAUUCUUUUUAGAUCACAGUAAAAAUAGGUUGGCAGAGAUUUCCAUUUCCCAGGGCUUAACCAGAACGACCACCUCAAUGCAUUGUCAGUAGAAUACAUUAUUAGACACUGUUAAGGUCUUUCCUGGGACAUUUUUUUUCUGCCAUUUUCUUUUGCAAUUGUAGUUUUAUAUACUGUUAAAGAAUUGUAUUGAAUUCUUUUUAGAUCAAAGUAAAAAUAGGUCAGCAGAGAUUUCAGUUUCCCAGGGCUUAACCAGAACCGCCACCUCAAUGCAUUGUUAGUAGGAUACAUUAUUAUAAACUGUUAGGGUCUUUCCCAGGACAUUUUUUUUCCGUAUCAUGUCUCCCUCCCCAUCAUUGAAAUGCAAGUUUUGUUGAAUUCAAAUACUCCCACUGAGCUUGUAUACGUCCGAACAGCUACACUUGAUUUCCAGUUGUGGAUUUCAUACAUGUAAUUGCUGCCUUCUUCCCUCCUCUUUUUUCCCCCCUCAUUGAAUCAGCUUGUCUAACAAGCUCAUUUUCAUGCCCCAGCUGUGCUGUGGGUUUUCCAAACCUCGUAUUUGAAUAUUCAAUGAGUUUAAGAUGGAUAUGAUUUAAAAAAAUACAUUUUCCAGCGGAUUUUAGGAGACAAGGUAUGUUUGAUUUUUCGAUUUUAGAGUUACUUCUUCAUUGAUAGUAACAUGCGCUUAUAUCAUGAUCUAAACCAUAAGUUCAGAUUGCUCGACAUUUUGUUUUGCCAGACUUUCUUUUUUGGUAAUCUGAUUCUUACGCUUUACUUACAUUUUCCUUUGUCUUGUCAGUCUGUUGGCCGUCCUGAAAAAUAUCACCACCUGCUGUUUCAUAUACAGAGAGGAAUUUUUUAAAAAGCAAAUAAAGUUUCACUGUCUUCGUUUCCAGUAGAAAUAUAUACGAACUAUGGUUUUAUUCUUUGUAAUUCAGCUUUCUUGAAGAUACUAACAAGUAUAUGAGAGAUCACUUUGACAUCUGAUAAUUAUAUCAGUAUUAUUAUUUUCAUUUUUUUUCAUUUUAAAAAAGAAGCCUUAUUAACCCAGGGGGGGGGGGGUGCAGGGAGCCAAGAUCGUGCCACUGCACUCUAGCCCGGGCGACAGAGCAAAAACCCCCCUAAAAAAAAAAAAAAAAAAAAGCUGUAAUGUGUAUCUAGAUUAACUAAUGGAGUGCUCUGUGAAUAUUCAUUAACUACAUUUUAUCUAUUUACUGUAUUUUAUAUGGGUAAGACUAGUGGUCACCCAUAUUUCUUUUGAAAGGCCUCUUGAUCAGGAAGUUUAUAUUUUAAGCAAUAUAUUUGCACAAUGGUCAGUUCACAUACGAUUGCUUGUUUUACUAAUUAGAGAUACAACUUCUAUUUUUUCUCGAGAAUUCUGUAGGCAAAUAGAUGGGGGAAGGCAAAUUACAAUCAUUCUUUUUCUGUAAUACUUUGGGACAAUUUUUAAACAAAUCAGACCCAUGCUUAAAAAUGAGUUUUGUGUGAUCAACCCUUGUAUAGUAUCUAGUUACUGUCUUCUGUUGAAGUGGUGGUUCUUUGAGAAGUAGAAUUAUUUUGUAACAUUUUUUCUCCCAGAAACAGAAGAAUCAAAUACUAUUCUGUUAGGAUUCUAUCUAGACCUGUGACUCUUAGUAUAAUAACCCUUUUAUUUAUUUUUAUUUUUUUGCAAUAAUGUGUGAAGUAGAGUUGCUUAGUUUUGAGCAAUUUAGGGCUUUUCUUAUUGGCCAGUAGGGUUAUUCAUUUUGCUGCUAAGUAUAAUUUUUUGGUUAAUUUUAACAUUAUAGUGCUGGCCACUUGGUUCUAUGAUUACCUAAAAAUCUAGUUUUUUUUCUCUGUAGGUAGAUUGUAUAUGCACACCCACCCACCCACACACAUGCACAUGUAUGUUGCCAUAGAGAGGUAUUUCAACCCUUAUUUCAAAUAACAGUAGAAGAUACGAACAUGAAUUUAUAUUUUGUAAAAAUAGUAUUCAUCCACUUUGUUUUCCAUUGGAAAUAGUUUUAAAAGAAGGGUUCCCCUUGCUCUCUCCACUUAACAACUUCAUUAUAUACAUAGAAAAAACAGCGGACUUAAGGGCUUGAUGUUUUUUCAGGCCUUUUGUAUUCAGGUUUCCAGUUUCCCAGUGCCCUUAAUGGAUGUUAUGAAUGCAUAAGCGCAUUUUCUUUUAAAGAAAGAAGUUAGAUUUAUAGUGUUACUUCUUACUUGCUAUAUUUCUUUGCACUAAAAAAGAACUAUGUAUUUGUUUUAUAUGACACUUUAGUACCGAAUUGCCUACAAUAACUCAAUUUGCUUCUUAAUUUCCAAACUCUGGGAAGUUGAUAAAUAACUUCCAUGAUCACUUGUAAAAGUUACAUGCACAUCUGAAAAAAAAUCACAAAUCUCUAUGACAGUAGCUUGUGUUUUGAGCUUGUUACCUUGCAGUAUUCUUCUCUGUUCCAUAGAUGAAAACAAAGGGUGACAGAGAUUAUCAGAGAGGAAAUGCCUAAAUAGAUACAUCUCUGCAUGGUACAAUUUCUCAUAUUCAUGUAUUCCAUAGACAGUGUUUUUUCUCUGUCUAAGCAGACUGUUGUUUCUUCUGAGUCAGUGAUAUGUGAUCUUUGUUGGUUUCAUUUUGUGAAGCUCAGUCUGGCUCUGUAACAUACUUUAGGAUUUGCACCUUGUGCUCCCCAGGAAUUAUGUUAGUGUCUUUAUCUAUGCUGUCUUCAAGGAUGGACAGAGGCCUAAACAACAACAACAAAAAAUCAGAAAAAAGAAAACAACCAAAAAACUUAGAUUUCAGUAAUCAUCCGUAGGAACGCAUACCAUCAGUCUCUUUUCUCUGUGAAUAAUAUCUUGUGUAAGUUGUCAUAAAAAAUCAAUGUUAGAAGAUGACAAUUAGAAUUCUUCUUAGGUAUUGAGGGUAAGAAGUUGUAAAGAAAGAGAAUUCGUGUUUCAAUUAAAAGAUUGGAUUGCAUAUACCUUUGAAGUGGUUUUGUAAAAAAAAGUUCAGUUACCAAACUGAGUGUGCCCUGUAAUCCUUUUGAGUACACUGAAGAUACUUUGAAAAUACUUUGUUGGUCUUGACUUUGUACAUCAUGUCCUGCAACUUGUAAAUAUGUGCAUGUUGUUUAUGUUUGUCUGCCUGUCUCUUAUUGUACUAAAUUCUGCAAGGUGAAUAAUUCUUUAUACCAUUUAUUUGGAAAAUGUUCCUCCUCCAACUCUUCCUCACUAUUCACCUUUUAAUUAGUUGGUAAACUUAGAAAACCAAUUAGGAUUUUUGAAGCUCUGAGUUUAAAAGAAGAAUCGUGGCUACUUGACAUUAUCCUUACGUCCCCUUGACUUAAAAAGCUAACAAGAAGCAUGAGAUCUUCCGCCUCCUUUUAGAAAGCUUUUCUACAGAACUAUAUGCUUGAUUAUAGCUACCUAUUGACAGUUAGGACAGGAGAAAGGGAGAUAUGUAUGUCUGGUUACAUCUUCCUUCACUCUUAAAUUGGCUGGGACAGCAAGCAACAACAGUUUGAGGUUCAGUGACCUACGUAAAAUGAGUCUCGUUGGUGUCAGGGGACGCAUGUAACUGUGUGACAUGGUAUUUUCUACAGAGAGGACUAGGAAGGGUGGUUUUGGAACCUAACCUACUUUAUGUCCUCAUUGUCAGAACUUAGGUUGGAAAUGCUCUCUAAAGAAAUUGGUGAGGAAUAUUCUAGGACAAUAGAGCUGCUUUAGAAAGAAAUUGAGACAUGUUUUGUCAGGACAGAUAAAAGUUUAAUGCAGGUUUUUGAACAGAUGUUUUAAAAAAAUCCAACCUUACCAACUAUUUUUUUUCUUCUAGCCAAAUCAUUGUACAGGAGUUUCAUAUAUGAUAAAAAGUGUUUUGUUGUUGUUUUUGCUUUCUUGGCAGGGGAGAACCCCUACCAUUUUGAGCUGUUACUGUCACUCUAGCUGAAUGGACAAAUAGCUGUGUAAAUAGCUUCUCAUAAACCAUUUCUACUGAUAGCUGUUUGACUUUUUCUUCCCAUUACGAAUGGGAGGAACAUUUGUAAACUUCCUUUUCUGGGUAGCUACCAAAAAACGUACUGGCUAAUGGUCCCAUGUGACCUUGUCUCCGUUAAGCCCAGAAUCUGAGUGCCUUUAGCAAGUAUUAGCAUUUCACCGAGAGAAGAGGUGACAGAAUUAUUGCUGUUAAUCACUAUUCAUAAAUAGGAGCUUGGAAUAACAAAGGUCUGUGUGAAUUCUGUUCUAUAUCUUUUUUUUUCCCUUUCUUAAUGCAAUCUCAAUUUGAUAUCAAGUAAAACUAUUGUCAUUAUUAUCAGAAACCAUGCAUUCUGAAAAUGAAUCCAGUUGUCCCAAGCUGGCAGCAGACAUAGAUCAUUUUUCACCUUGAUCUGUGUUGCAUUUGUACUCGGUGAAUGGCAGUGUGGUCGAUUGGAAGAACUUGACACUGAUGUUUGGAAAAAUUCUUUAUUCUAGUGGUCAUUUUCAAACUUGUCUUUUCUGUAGAGAGGGGAAAAUUAUGUAUUUGCAACUAAAGCAUAUGAAGAGACUGGCACAAUAAUUAUUAGUUGUGUUAGUUCAUUUCUGUAUUAAAUGAAGUAUCUUCACAAAUCAGGUUUGAGGCCAUUAAAAGCAAAAAUUUCCCUAGUUUAAUUAAUUUAAAAUUCUACAUUGCCUGAAUACUUAGAAUCUGUGAAACACAUUGCUAGACUAAUUUUAUUACAGAAAUGUUAACAUGUUCCUCAACAUUUUCUCAAGAAAAUUUUCCGACAUAUAUCAAAGUUGAAAAAACUUUGCAGUAUAACCACUGCUAGUUUCUGCCAUUAACAUUUGACUAUACUUGUAUUGCCACCUAUCUGUUCAUAUCUCCAUCCCUCUUUUCAUCCAUUGAUCUAUCAGGUUUUUUUUUUUUUUUUUUUUUUUUAAAAGAACAUUCCAAAGUAAAUUUUAGGCAAUACACUGCCCUAAAUUCUUAGCAUGGGUGUCAUUAAUUAAGGUUUAAUAUUCAUUUAAAUAUCUUUUUUGAAAGUGAUGUAUGAAGUUGAUAACCUGAGCCAAUUAAUACACUUUUUUUUUUCCUCCUGUGGACUUCUGUCUUCCAGUUUCUCUUCUUGUGUGUGCUUAGGGUGAGGGAGGACAAUUCUCAAAUACAAGUUUAUUUUAGAAUUGGUCAUUUUUAAAUGCUUGUCAUAAAUUUUAAAGUUUCAAUAUAAUUUUUCUUUUCCCUACUUCUGAUGAUGUAUUUUUGCCAAACUAUGCAGCUUCUUCAAAAAACUGUAAAUUACUGAUUGGGGUUUAUGAAAUCAGCGAAUACCUCAUUUCAAUCUGUUGCUGCCUUUCUCCCUCUUGUCACUUCUCCUUUCACUACUUUGAGCUGCUCUACCAGAAGGUAGAGGGGAGUAAGGGUCAAACUCCUAUAUAAUUAACUGUUUUAAACAACUCUAGGAGAACAGAUUUAGUAGCUUAGUAAGUUUAAACUAUUAAUUUUUCUAAAGAAUUUGAUUUGAAUUCUGUGAGAAUUGUAAUUAUCCACGCUUCCUCCAACUAUAAUUAGCAGAAUUAAAAAUGAUUGUACUGUACAAUGAGUUGUUGAAAUUGUAAGCCUUAGUAACCAUCUUUAGCUUUACUAAUAGUCAUGUUUAGAAAUUUUUUUUUUUUACAUAUGCCUUUAUUUUUAUGCCCCCAUUUUGUGAAUAAAUCUAAAGAAUUUAAGUGACUUUCUUCAGGUCAUGAAGAUUCAGUGGGUAGAAUUGAAUCAGAAUUGAAAUGUUCCAGAUUCAUAUUAUUGUGUGUGUUUGAUAAAAUUCAUGGCUUCCAAAGUAAUUGAACACUUCCUUUGGGCUCUUGGAGGGAAAAUACAUAUUUUUACUAAUUACACUUUUAUUUUUGGACAUUUGGCAGUUGUUUGAACUUAAAGAUAGUCUGAUGGCUAUAGUUCCAAAUUAAGCCUGAUGCAGUUGCUAAAAAUCUUGCUGCACUGUUGAAUACUAAUAAUGCAGCAUUUAUCAGAUGUUUUUGCAUUUUGAUGACCUUCAUGAUUCAUUUAUAAGUCUUUGUAAGUGCUUAAGCGACCCCCUCACUAGUGAAAAUAAUAAAUGUUCUAUAUCAUUUAUUAUUAUUUGUGUAUUCUUUACAUGAUAUAUUUUUUUAAGGAAAAGUAACUCCACAUGUCAGAAUGAGUGAUAUUAUCCUAGGGCAGAGCGCAUAUAGAGCAGUUUAUUUCUACUCUGCAAAUAUGGCAUGUACAGCAACAAAACUCUUUUGGAGUGGCUGGUCAUUGUUUUGCCCUCUUUUGGUACCUGAGUACCUUUCUGGGGUUUUGUAAAUCAUGUGUCAUUUGUAAGAAUUUCACGUUAACUCUGUGUUACUUGGUGUUCACCUGUGGUAUCCUUGACUGACCAUAAUGAUUUAGUUUGGGUAUGAUGUGUCUGCUUUGAAAUGCCUUACUGGAGUAUGUCAGAUCCUGCUUUAAAGCAUUCCAUUAAUCUGCUGGGACAAUAAGUUGCCUCUCCUUGGAUAUGUGCUCUAGAUUCAGAAGCAAAACUGAUUUUGCCUCCUCCAUUAAGGUUGCAUUUUAAUGCACUUAUUGUUUUAAAUUAGAGAAUAAAAUGUAAAACCAAGGGAGACUUUAGAACCCUUCAUUUAAUGGCAUGGCAAACUUUUAAAACUGCUUUUGCUAUUUCACUAGAACUAUCUUUGGUAAAGGAUAUAGCUAAAAAAUGUCAGCCCAAACUGUGUGUAAUUAGGAUUGUUGAUUAAAAUUUUCUCUAAAUGUCAUCCAGGGGCUUAAGAUCUGUGUGUGCUGCUGGGUCAGAGUGCCAAUCACUGCUUUGGAAAUCUGUGUUCUGGGGCUGCAGAAUGACACCUGUGUCAUGGGAUUAAAACCAAUCAACUGUGAAUUGUGAAAUUGAAAUUGCUCUUUCGGUUUUAUUUUCUUUAGCACAUUGAGUAUAGAAAUCUGAAACUUAUUUAAAAUUUAUACUGCUUUUGUUGAUGGCUCAUUUUGGCUGUGUAUCCUGACUUAUGUACUGAUUUCUGAUAAAGGCUUGACAUUAUUAUAACAGGCAUUUUGUGUUCCAAUUUAAUAAAAUGGUUUCUGAGUCUUGUCUGAAAA